AUGGGCUGCACUCAGCUGGACAAUUCCUAUGAUCAGUCUGGGAGCAGAAAUGAGAGUUUCAUCAUUUGGGAACUGAUUGAGACUUCACUUAAGUGUCUGGGGUUUGUGGUGAAUCUUGGCUACAUACCAUCUCUUCAACAGGAAGGUUUUUCAGAAGAUAACUGGCACUGCAUUACCAAACCUGACUUGAUCUUCAAGUUGGAGCGAGGAGCAGAGCCAUGGAUGGUGGAAGAAUGCCUGAAUCAGAGCCUUCCAGUGGUCAUGAAAAGGGAUGACCUGAUUAGGAUCAACCAGGAAAGUCAGGACAAAAAUCUGAAUCAGGAUUUUAUGAAAAAUAACAAGACAUCAGCUCACAAGAGAGUUGAAUUAAGAAAAACACUUAGUUUAAAUUCAAGCCAUAUUCCAACACUGAUUAUUAAAAAGGGAACCUAUUCACAAUUGAAGCCCGCGGAAUUCAGUAAAUGUCACACUGUUUAUCCCCACAGUGGGCCUGAUCAACUACAGGAUGGAGAGAAAUUUGAUAACACUAAGAUGCAUGGAAAUUCUCUCCAGUUUUGUGAGCCUCUUGGUCAGCAUGACAAUAUCCAUAUCAUGAAGCAGCCAUUUGGAACCACUGCACAAGCAAAAUUCUUCACAAGAAAGAUGCUCUGUAAAUCUGAGAGGGUUCCUAUGGCAGAAAACUGUAAUAAAUCAACUGUCACUUUUGGAAAAGUAACUCAAAUAGAAAAAGCUAUCCAUGAAAAUUCUAGCCUCAAUAUGCAUCAACAAACUCACACAGGAAAGAAAUUUUAUAAGUACAUUAGGUAUGUUGAACCUGUCAUUCACCAGCCACAAACUGCAAUAAAUCACAGACUAAAUACAAGGGGAAAAUUCUCUACAUGUAAACCUUGUGAAAAUUCACUCAGUUUUAAUUCACCUUAUGAAUGCAAUGACUGUGGAAAAACCUUUGGACAAAAGUCAUACAUUCUUAUACAUCAGCGAAUUCACACAGGGGAGAAACCUCAUGAAUGUAAUGACUGUGGAAAAGCCUUUAGAUACAAGUCAGUCCUCAGGAAACAUCAGCAAAUUCACACAGGGGAGAAACCUCAUAAAUGCAAUGACUGUGGAAAAGCCUUUGGACGAAAGUCACACCUCAUUAUACACCAGCGAAUUCACACAGGGGAGAAACCCCAUGAAUGUAAUGACUGUGGAAAAGCCUUUGGACAAAAGUCAAACCUCAUAAUGCACCAGAGAAUUCACACAGGGGAGAAACCUCAUAAAUGCAAUGACUGUGGAAAAGCCUUUGGACACAAGUCACACCUCAUAUCACACUGGAGAAUUCACACAGGGGAGAAACCCCAUGAAUGUAAUGACUGUGGAAAAGCCUUUGGACGAAAGUCAUGCCUCAUCAUACACCAGCGAAUUCACACAGGAGAGAGACCUCAUAAAUGUAAUGACUGUGGAAAAGCCUUUGGAUACAAGUCAAACCUCAUGAGUCAUCAGCAAAUUCACACAGGGGAGAAACCUCAUGAAUGUAAUGACUGUGGAAAAGCCUUUGGACAAAAGUCAGGCCUCAUCGUACACCAGAGAAUUCACACAGGGGAGAAACCUCAUAAAUGCAAUGACUGUGGAAAAGCCUUUGGACACAAGUCAGUCCUCAUCACACACCAAAGAAUUCACAUGGGGCAGAAAACUCAUGAAUGUAAUGACUGUGGAAAAACCUUUGGACAUAAGUCAGACCUCAAGAAACAUCAGCAAAUUCACACAGGGGAGAAACCUCAUAAAUGCAAUGACUGUGGAAAAGCCUUUGGACAAAAGUCAAACCUCAUUAAUCAUCAGCGAAUUCACACAGGGGAGAAACCUCAUAAAUGUAACGACUGUGGAAAAGCCUUUGGACGAAAGUCACACCUCAUUAUACACCAGCGAAUUCACACAGGGGAGAAACCUCAUAAAUGCAAUGACUGUGGAAAAGCCUUUGGACAAAAGUCAAACCUCAUUAAUCAUCAGCGAAUUCACACAGGGGAGAAACCUCAUAAAUGUAAUGACUGUGGAAAAGCCUUUGGAUACAAGUCAAACCUCAUGAGUCAUCAGCAAAUUCACACAGGGGAGAAACCUCAUGAAUGUAAUGACUGUGGAAAAGCCUUUGGACAAAAAUCAAACCUCAUUAAUCAUCAGCGAAUUCACACAGGGGAGAAACCUCAUAAAUGCAAUGACUGUGGAAAAGCCUUUGGACACAAGUCAUACCUCCUCAUACAUCAGCGAAUUCACACAGGGGAGAAACUUCAUAAAUGUAAUGACUGGAAAAGCCUUUGGACGAAAGUCACACCUCAUUAUACACCAGCAAAUUCACACAGGGGAGAAACCCUAUGAAUGUAAUGACUGGAAAAGCCUUUGGAUGAAAGUCACACCUCAUUGUACACCAGAGAAUUCACACAGGAGAGAAACCUCUUAAGUGUAAUGACUGGAAAAGCCUUUGGACACAAAUCACACCUCAUAUUACACCAGAGAAUUCACAUGACACAGAAAACUCAUGAAUAUAAUAACUGGAAAAGCCUUUGGAUGAAAAUCACACUUCAUCAUACACCAGAGAUUUAACACAGGAGAGAAACCUCAUAAAUUAAUGACUGGAAAAGCCUUUGGACAAAUGUCAGAUCUCAUGAAACAUCAGCAGUUCACACAGGAGAGAAACCCUAUGAAUGUAAUGACUGUGGAAAAGCCUUUGGACAAAAGUCAAACCUCAUGAAACAUCAGCAAAUACACACAAGGUGGAAACCUCAUGAAUGUAAUGACUGUGGAAAAGCCUUUGGAUGAAAGUCAAGCCUCAUAAUGCACCAGAGAAUUCACAGAGGGGAGAAACCCCAUGAAUGUAAUGAGCGGGGGAAAGCGUUUGGACAAAAGUCAGUCUUUAGGAAACAUCAGAGAAUUCACACUGGGCAGUAACCUUAUGAAUGUAAUGACUGGCAAAGCCUUUGGACAAAAGUCAAACCUCAUAAUGCACCAGAGAAUGCACACAGUGUUGAAACUUCAUGAGUGUAAUGACUAUGGGAAAACUUUUGGUCUUAAGUUCCAACUCCAACUGCAUCAGAGGAUUCACACAGGGAAAUAACAUUAUAAAUGUAAUGGCUGUGGAAAAGCCUUUUUCUAUAAAUUAUACCUGAUAUCAAAACAGAAUUCACACAGGCAAGAGACGUUAUGAAUCUAAUGAGUGUGGGAAAGCCUUUUUUUACAAAUGAUAGCUCAUAUCACACCAGAGAAUUCACACUGGGGAGAAACUUCAUGAAUGCAAUGACUGUAGAAAAGCCCUUGGCAAUAAGUCACAUCUCAGAAUGCAUCAGAAAAUUCACAUGAAGAGAAACCUUUUGGACAUAAUGACUUGGAAAGCUUUUUCCCAUAAUGCAGUCCUCAUUGCACAUCAUCUAAUUCAUAUGGGGGAAAACACUUUGGAUCUAAUGCAUAUGGAAAAGCCUUUAUCCAUAAGUAACACCUCAUAAAACAUCAGAAUUCACAUGGGGGAGAAACCUUAUGAAUGGAAUGAGUGUUGGAAAACUCUACCAAAAUCACAACAAUAUAACAUCAGAAAAUUGAUUACAUAAUAGAAAUCUUGUAAUAAGUGUGGGAAAGCCUUUUGUCAGAAGUAAUACCUCAUAACACAUGUAGUUCAAACAAGGGAGAGAACUUUUUCCAAAGUCAACAUAACCAUGUGACAGAGCCUUUUGCUGGAAAUUACAUCCCAUACAAUAGGCACUCACAUAAGGAAGAAAGAUUGGGACCAGCCCUGUGGCACAGUAGGUUAAAGCCCUGGCCUGAAGCACUGGCAUACCAUGUGGGCACUGGUUCUAGUCCUGGCUGCUGCUCUUCUGAUACAGCUCUCAGCUAUGGCCUGGGAAAGCAGUAGAAGAUGGCCCUGCACCCACGUGGGAGACACAAAAGAAGCUCCUGGCUCCUGGCUUCUGAUCGCUGCAGCUCCAGCCAUUGCAUCCAUCUGGGGAGUGAACCAGCAGAUGGAAGACCUCUCUCUCUCUACCUCUCUCUGUAACUCUGUCUUUCAAAUAAAGUAAAUUGUUAAAAAAGGAAGAAAGGUUAGAAAUAUUAGUGUGAAAAAAAGCCAUUUGUCAGAAAUUGAUCACUAUACAUCAGAGAAUUCACACAAAGGGUUUCUUUGGAGUGUAAUGAAUGUAGAGUAUAAUGAAUGAAUGUAUAUUUUCAUGGUAUUCAGGCUGUCAUAAAUAUGCAACUCAAAAAAGGUGAUAUCCUUCAAGUGCAGUAGAUGUGAAAAAAGCAUAACCAGAAAUUAAACAGGCUGGCGCCAUGGUUCAGUAGGAUAAUCCAGUUCUAGUCCCAGCUGCUUCUCUUCCAAUCCAGCUCUCUGCUGUGGUCUAGGAAAGCAGUGAAAUAUGGCCUAAGUGCUUGGGCCCCUGUACACAUGUGGAGACCAGAAAAAAGCUCCUGGCUCCUGGCUUUGGAUCAGGGCAGCUCUGGCCAUUGUGGCCAUCUGGGGAGUGAACCAACAGAAGGAAGACCUUUACCUAUGACUGUAUUGUAAUGGGAAAUACCUUUAUUAUUAGGCAAACUGCCACAAAACAUAGCAAGAUUACAGAGAGAAGUCCCUGAAGUAUAAUUUGUUUGGAAGAAUUCUUCGGUGGAAUCACACCUUAGUAAGUAUUGGGGCAGUUUUCAUGAUGAAUUGUGACAGAGAGUGGUUAACCGUUCUUCAGAAAUUUUUUCUCUUAUACAACCUGUAGUUUUGGUUUCUCAUUAUCGUGAGUGCGAUAAAGUAUAUGAACUGAACUGUACUCUCU